AUGGAUGCCUCGCGAUCGGACAAGCAGCACACGAUCUUGGAGACGAUCGAAUUGAGUGAUGAAAGUGAUGAUGAGUUCAACUACGAGGAGCUGCCCGAAGACCCGGAGCUUCUCGAACCGGACGACGAGGAGGAGCAGUUGGAUGACAUCAACCGUCUCCUUGCAGAGACUAAGCAAGCUGAUACCCAGGAGGCCACAGAAGAAGCUGGGCUUGCCAAGGUGCAGCAGCGUCCUCAAGUCAUUGACGAUUUCUUCCGGAACUUCCUCCUCAAGUAUGGGAUGAAGCGAUCCCUGGACGUUUUUCAGGCAGAGUGGUACGAGAUGCAGCAGAAUGGGAAGUUCAAGGACUCUGAGCUAGCAGUGGUCCCCGAUGUCUACACCCGCAACCACGGAUUUCAGCAAGAGGUGUUGCUGUUGCGGGAGGAGCUGGAGAAAGCUCGCGUGGUGGCCGCGAAGGCCAAGGAGUCCUGGGACAAGUUCCGCAAGGAGCGAGAUUACCAUCGCAUGCAUCAUCGUCGCGUGGUGCAAGAAAAGAACAAGCUCAUUGUCGACUUGAAGCGCUUGAAGAAGCAUUAUGAGCAGUACGAGCCGACGCUGACAGAAUUACGGCACAAAUAUGAAGUGGCCAUGAAGGAGAAGAUGCUCAUGCGACUGGAACGUGAUCGAUAUGCUGCAAAGGCCGAGUCCUUGCAGAAGCAGCUCUCACAGGUUGAAGCGAAAGAAGAGAAUAUGAACAGCAAGGAUUUGACCGACAGUGACGAGCUGCAGCGCAAGAAGAAGACCCUGCGGGAAGCUCCGUGGCCCAGCGAAGACAGGACGAACCCCUAUAGCAACUCCAACUUCGAGGCCGUGCGCAUCUCGGAUUUCACGAGGAGCCAAGUCUUCAAAGGACAUAUGGGGGCUAUUUCUCGAGUGGCUUUCCACCCGAAGAUUCCGGUGGUGGCAACGGCCUGUGAUGACCAUACUUGGAAGAUGUGGUCGAUGCCGGAAGGUCAGCUGGUCCUGAGUGGUGAAGGUCACAGGGACUGGGUCAGCGGUAUCGCCUUCCAUCCACGCGGCUCCUUGGUUGCUACCUCUUCAGGAGACUCCACGGUGAAGAUUUGGGACGUGGCCAAAGAAAAGUGCAAACACACUCUGACAGAUCACACACAGCCUGUGUGGGCUUGUUCCUUUCACGAUCUUGGGGAUUUUGUGGUAUCCUGCUCGAUGGAUCAGACGGUGAAAGCCUUUGAUACGACCAGCAUGCGAUGCCGACAGACCUUUCGCGGCCACGUGGACUCGGUGAACUUCGUGACCCUUCAGCCCUUCUCGAACAACGUGUUGACCGCCUCAGGCGACAAGACGAUCUCACUCUGGGACCUGCGAACGGGUCUGUGUGUGCAGACCUUCUAUGGCCAUGCCAAUGCUUGCAACCACGCCAUGUUCAAUUUGAAGGGUGACACUGUGGCAUCCUGCGAUGCAGAUGGCAUCGUGAAGCUGUGGGAUGUGCGAGUGGUGUCAGAGUUCCUACAGAUUGACACUGGGCGACAUCCAGCCAAUGCUUCCAACUUCGACCGCAGUGGAAAGGUCCUGGCCAUCGCGUCGGGCGAUGCAUCCAUCAAAACCUUCAACAUUGAUGACAAGGUCUUCGUGGCAAAUUUGGAAGGGCACGAUGAUUCCGUUCAGGUGGCCUUUCUGCGAUGGGACUGCCACACAGAGCAGCACCAGACCACUCUGUUGACUGCACGGCUGCCUGACCUGCUCUUGUGGUCCACGGGCUUCUUCGGCGACCACACGGCGCACCGGUCUCGGGGCCCCGCACCGCCGGCACCGACCCACGCCGGUGCCAUCGGGCCUUCACCCAAAGAGAAGGAGAUAGAGGAGCGGCCCUGUGCAGCAGCUGACAGGCCAGUACUUCUGGGACGAUCCAUGGGACUCUAUCCAAAGAUGGCAGUGGGCGGCCGAGCCGAUCGAUCCUUGAUCCUUGGGCCUCGCGGACCGCCGACGUCGAACCGGCUGCUCUCGUCGCAGACGAGGCGCCGCGUUUGCUUUGAGCAAGAUGGGGAGAUGCUGGCUGUCAUGUCCCGCGAGGCACAUGCGGGCCGCCAAAGGCGUAUCCGCGAUAGGCUCUCGGACCACGCAGCAUCGGCUCAGCUUAGUGGAGUUUUGGGACCCGAACUGAAACCCGCCGCACGCUUGUUGGAACUCAGCAUGCCGUUGGCUCAGUGCUUCGAGCGGCAGGGCGUGGCGCGAUGCCACGCCGGGCGUGGCGAGAUGCCCGGGCCGAGUGGGAUGCUGGAUUCUGAGGUGCUGGGCCAGCGGACGCCAAAAGGCAAGCAAGAGGGGCAAGGAUCCUGGAUGUUUCCGAAUGGCAAUGUGCUGCUCUCCUUCACGCCCUCGCCUGUGAGGUGGUGGGUUCCAAAGGGGAUGGGUCAAAACCUGCCCAUAGCCAUUGUAGGAUCGCUUCGGGGUGAAGGCGAUCAUUCAGUCCGCGUGGCCCGCUCAAACCGCGGUGGGCGCGCGGGGGAACGAGACGCGUUGGAGGAACGGCGCACGGAACACGUGGGAGGGCCCCCGGACCCAGGCGUCGCCGACGUCCAGUCCACCGGGACCGCACCACGCGUGGGGGAGCUCGUGCGGCGCGUUUGCUUCGAGCAAGAUGGGGAGAUGCUCGCUGUCGUGUCCCGUGAGGCACAUGCGGGCCGCCAAAGGCGUAUCCGCGACAGGCCUGUGAAACCUGGUUUGUUGUCAGAGUGCUUAUUGUUUUCCACAUUUUUGUGA